AUGCCACCCACACCUCUUCCGAUGGAUGACAAUGGUGGCAUGACAAUAUCAUUGUCCGAACGACGCGAGCGUAAUAAACUAGCCUCGGCCAAGUAUCGUAAAAAGAAACAAGUACAAAAUCAAGAAAUGUCUGCUCGCAUAAACGACAUGAGUUCUAAAAUAAGCUCGUUGAAUGCCGAAAAUUCAAUGUUGCGAAAACAAUUGGAAGAAAUGAAAGUAGAAAAUCAAGAAUUGAAGGAUGCCGUCGAUAAACUAAAGAGUAAGAUAGUUGAAGAUAAAAUACUAAAAAGAUUAGGAAGAGCGGGAACAACGGGAAAGAUUGGAAAGAUCGGGACAAGGGUUACUAUACCGAAGAGGGGAAAAGGAAAUAAUGGAACGAAUGGCACCGAGCAGACGCCGCCGACAGAAUCAGAUGAAUAG